ACUAGUGCAAUUAAUUAAACAUCUUUUAACUGCAAACCAAACUCUUUCUCGACGCCAUAAUCAUCAAGCUAUCCAAGUUCAUCAACUACAUGCAGUUCUCAAGCGCAAAUUCUGUUUAUUUGGCUUCAGGGCUGAUCUUCGUCCUGAAUUUUUUCCCAUUCCUCUCAUUUGCUAAUCCUCAUUUUCACGAAGCUGGCCUGAUUUGUGGCCAGAAUAUAGCACCGAUAAACACCAGCUACAACAUUCCCCGUUCUUCUGAAGUGGUGGAAGAGAUAGAAUCUGAAGUGGGGGACGAGAUAGAAUCUCUUGUGAUUAAUAAUGGUUGGGGCCUUUAUGCAGGGAACAAGACAAACAUAUCCUUCUAUGCCUUAGCCCAAUGUUACCAAGAUAUUGCUCCGGUUGAUUGCUAUUUUUGCUACCUAACGAGUCAAGAUAUUAGAAAUGAUGCUUGCGGCCGUGCAGCAUCAGGUCGAGUUUAUAUGGACGGAUGUUUCCUGCGUUUUGACAACUACAACUUCUUUAAUGAAAGCGUUGAUACGACAAAAGGUAUAUCAAAUUGUAGCAGCCGAUCAGCUGGUGUUUUGAGUGUCGAAGAUGUCGGGAAUUUUGGAAAGAAUGUGGUAAAGUUGAUUGAUAAAGUAACUUCAGUUGCUUUGAAGAAUGGAGGGUUUGCUGUAAAGGGGUUGAAUGGAGUGUUUGGCUUGGCGCAGUGUUGGAAGACUUUAAGCGAUCAAGGGUGUAAAGAAUGUUUAACGAAGGCAAGUCAAAAUGCUAUAGGGUGUUUGCCUAGCCGGGAAGGCCGUGGGAUGGACGCUGGUUGUUAUUUGAGGUAUUCGACUGUGAAAUUCUAUAAUGACCCGCCUAAGACUAUUACCGGACCCUCAACAUGGGGAAAAAGAGUGGCUAUAGGCUCGUCUGUUGUGGCCUUCUCUAUGCUCUCUCUUUUCGCUGCCUAUGCAUUCUACGCAAGAUUCAAAAAAUCCAUUCAAGAACAGAGAAAAUUAGCCCGAAUUUCACAUGCAUACAAGAAGUCAUAUUUGUACUUCAAAUAUGAAAUCUUAGAGAAGGCAACAAACUAUUUCGAUCCCAGAAUGAAAAUAGGCCAAGGAGGAGCUGGUUCCGUAUAUAUAGGAACUCUUCCGGAUGGAAAAGUAAUUGCUGUUAAGAGGUUGUUCUUUAGUACCAGUCGAUGGGUUGAAGAGUUCUUCAAUGAGGUGGAUCUGAUCAAUGGAAUUCAGCACAAAAACCUCGUCAAGUUUUUGGGUUGUAGCAUUGAAGGUCCUGAGAGCUUGCUGGUUUACGAGUUUGUGCCCAACAAGAGCCUCGAUCACUACCUCUUUGAUAAAAACAGAAUUAAGAUUCUAAGUUGGAAGGAGCGAUUCCAAAUUAUAAUUGGAACAGCUGAAGGGAUAGCUUUUCUUCAUGGAGGAGCCGGGAUCAGAAUUGUCCACAGGGACAUAAAAAGCAGCAACGUGCUUCUUGAUGAGGAUUUUUCUCCUAAAGUUGCAGAUUUUGGAUUGGCUCGGCAUUUUGCCGAGGACAAAACUCACCUUAGCACUGAACUUGCAGGGACUUUAGGAUACAUGGCUCCUGAAUACCUUGUCAAAGGACAGCUCACGGAGAAGGCUGAUGUAUUCAGUUUCGGCAUCUUGGUCCUUGAGAUCGUCUGUGGUAGAAAGCAUAAUUAUGCUUCCAAGGAAGACUCUGGCUCACUUCUGCAAACGGUUUGGACUUUUUACCAAGCGGAUAAACUUGAGGAAUUAGUUGAUCCUUGUUUGAAAGGAAAUUUUCCAGCGCUAGAGGCAGGGAAUGUGCUUAAAAUUGGGCUUUUGUGCGGUCAAGCUUCUGCAACUUCAAGACCAUCUAUGGUUGAAGUCGUUCAAAUGCUUACAGUUCCUAAUUGUGCCAUUCCUGAACCAAAUCAACCGCCAUUUCUAAAUUCUAACAGCAGUUUUCCGGCAGCCAAUCCCAGCAGGUCCUGAAGCUUUGAAGUUCUUCCCUUGCUUAGUUAUGUUGUUAAUGUUCAAAUUUCUGGGAUGUCAAAUGGGCUUUGUGAGUUCAACAGACUCAGACAACGUCCAUUCUAAACAGGAAUGUAAAAUCAAGCCAUGUGCUACAAGAAGAGAAAAGAAUUUUCACCU